CGUUGGAUCGACAAACCAAAUUACCCACUUAACCUGACAGUUAAAGACACUAAUCUUAUAUUUGUUUUAUUUAGAUGCGUCCCAGAAUUCAGCUGAGGUUUGUUGGAGAACAGAUGAAAUAUUUGGAAGAACAAAUGCAAUUGAUGGAGCCUGUUAUUGGCUUGAUGAAAAAUGCAUUAGAAAAAAGCAAGACGUGGAUGGAAGAUAAAAAUGACAACCCGUCUAUCACAUACAUAGAGCUUUGCCAAGAACUUGCAUCAGCGACCACGGCCUUGUUGGAUGUAGCUUCAAACAUUUUAAGUGAAAAUAAAGAGCCUGGCGGUGUAGAUGGUAGAACGCCAUCUAUAUCUCAGUCUACACUACAGCCUACAGCAACAGAGACACGUGACCAAAAUAAAUCAGCUCAACAAGUCACUAAACUAAGUCAACAAACAGCUGAGAAACUUUCUCUAGAUGUGAAAGAAUAUGAAAAUAAAUUACUCAAAAUAAAUAUGGGGAUGCAAGCUAAUACAGAUGUAAGAGACGUUAUAAAAGAAGAAAUUAAAAACCAUUCUGAUAUGAUUGCUUCUUUACAAGAUGAAAAUAAUAAAAUCUUUGUGAAAACAUCAACCCAAUUAGAAAAGUUGCAAUCAAAGCACAGUGUUGUGUAUAAACUUCUACAACAAAGAUUGAUGCCCAUUGAGAAACUGAUUUAG